AUGAAGCGUGCUUCGAAAUCACCAUAUCGGCCUUCACUAGCUCUUUCUUCCAGAUUAGUAGGUGGCGGUAGUGAACAGGAAGUUAGUUUGCAACCGCCAUUAAAUGUCUGACGAAGAAGAAGAGUCCGGGUCAUUGGGUUGUAAUGUUGCUGAUACAGAAGCUCUUCAGGCUAGAGAAACUGAACGUUUGUCUAAAUCGAAUCAGAUGUCUAAACAGCAGAACAACACCAACACAUCAUCAGCCGCUGCCGGUUCUUACGCUCUUCACUAAGCAUCCCUGCCCUUUGUGCGAGGAAGCUAAAGAAAUACUUGAGCCAUAUAAACACAGGUUUGAAUUACAGGAGGUUGACAUCAGUCUGCCAGAGAACAGUGUUUGGUGGGAGAGAUACAGAUACGAUAUCCCCGUCUUUCAUUUCAAUGGACAGUUUCUGAUGAUGCAUCGUGUAAACACAACGCUUCUAGAAAGGGCUCUGGAGAAGCAUUGAAAUCAACUGUAUAAUAAUAAUAAUGAUGUUUGUAGAUGAUAUACUGUGUUUUCUUUCUUCACACACUGGCGAAUGUUUAAUAAAGCAGUAGACUGAAUGUGUUUAUUGUC